AUGCCCAUCCCCGAGCUCAUGAAGCUGCAGCUGUGCAGGAAGAAGAAGCUCGCUCUUGUGUUCAUGUUUGGCGUGGCGUCUUUUGCAUGCAUCGCCAGCAUGAUCCGCCUGAAAUACAUGGUUUCAUAUGCCAACACCUACGACGCGACGUCCCAACUAGGGGACAACGUUGACAUUGUUCUCUGGUCUUCCAUUGAACUCAACGCGGCAAUCAUCUGCGGCAGUCUUCCCGCAUUACGCCCUCUCUUCAAGAAGAUUCCGGGCAUUCUCAGCACCGUCAAAACGACCGUGCGAAGCGGAUAUCACAAGAAGUCGCGGGACCCAUCUGGAACAGCCAAGUCCAAUGCCUCGCAUCAGUCCAUUGCACUAUCUUCCGAGGCCUCGCCACGCAAGCCGAUCCAACCCAGGAAAUUUGGGAGUAGUUCAACUGCAAAGGAUACACACGUAACGACAGAUACUAGGAUUGACACCACAAGUACGGAUGGUUCGGAGAGACAAGAGUGGAUGGAUAAGUCGACGAUGUGUUAG